AUGGCCAGCGUGGAGAUUGUUCGUGGAAUCGCGUCUGGCGCUGUCCGUCACCAGGAACCGAAGUCUCGUGGGCACCUGUUUGGCUUGGGCUGGUUCUCAAAGGAUAAUGACAAACAGGGGAAGAGGAAAUCUCGACAGGUAGCUGCAGAGAGUCCGCUCGGUUUCACAGCGUAUCGAAAACCUCCGGUUUAUGUUGGCGGAAGUUCAGUACUAGUGCAAGUAUGGGCCGUGGGUCUGGAUGAUGUGGAUGCUCGUCUUGUGGGUGUGCAUCCGCCGUCAUCGAAACAACCAUCGCCAGGGGCUCCAUACAGAGUUGAGGAGAAAGGUGCUGGGAAACGGCAUGUUCCACUGGGUUACAUUCCAGGACGAUCUUUCAUUGGGCGCAUCCUCGAAGUGGGAUGGGAAGUUGAUGAACACACUCUCAAGAAAGGGGAGUGGGUUAUCGGUCUUAACAGUGUGCAGAAGUGUGGGGCUUUGGCUGAAUUCAUACUCGUUGACCAACAUCGCAUUCGUCACGUUCCACAUCCUUACAUACCUAAUCAGCCGUCUCUGGUUCUCGCUUCGUCGAGCGAGGCUGCCGAAGAUGGUGAGCGGGGACAGCGUGAUUCGCUCAUAUUUCCUUCCGUGAAUGAACCCAAAGGUCUCACAGUAGACGAACUCGCUCUGCUCCCGCUUUCAGGCGUUCCUGCUUAUCGCGCUGUGCGCACAUUGACACACAUCACGCGUGCGCUAGCAAAGCCUGGCACAGCUGCACGGCAGCCACGCGAAAACAGGCAUAGUCAUGAUGUUGCCAGUGUCACUGACGAAGACGAUGGUGUUGUCAUCGUGCGUUCCAUAAAACAUGGUCUAGCAGACAAGCAACUCGACGCAACGCGUCCUCGCGUAUUAAUCUUACGUGGACAUGACGGACCCGGUGCGCUGGCCUUUCAGAUGCUUGUUCGCGCUGGGUGGUCUGUCUGGGUUCACGUACCCGUGCCAUUCGACCUUCCAGGUCCUCCUCACGAGUUACAAGAAAAUUUCAAAGAUGAGGAGGAACGUGUAUUGGGAAAACGACGGGUUAUGCUGGAACGAAUCGAAAGACGACUUCGUGAGUGGGGCGCAGACGAGAAUACUUCUGUGACGACACUUUUCAACUACUUUGCACGUGCGCGCAUUCGUUUCGAUGCAGUCAUCGAUACAAUCGGAGGUCGUGAGAUUUGGGAAGCUGGAUGUGCCUUGCUCAGCCUUCCAGUUCAUGACGCCGCGCGAACCAGUAUAGAAGGCCAGUUUACCACCCUAGUGGGCGAUGCGCCCGACCGCGUUGUGUCCACAGCAAGCGAUCAUUUCCGCGCAGGCGUGCGGGCGCUCCGCAUUGGUAACGCGAAAUGCGCCUUAGAAGUCCACGACGAGGGCGAGUUCUCUCACGCAACCGUCAGCCUCGCCGGAGGCAAGAAGACCAGGAAGGCGAAGCCUCGGCCAGUGAAUUAUGCGUGGGUGAACGUCAUGUCGGACGUGGAUUGGGAGGGUGCAGAUGUGCGGGACUCGUUGGCUGCGGUCCUGGCGAUGGCGAUGGAGGAAGGCGUGCGGCCUGCUAUCGGCCUUGGGGACUAUCCGGAUAUGCCAAACAAGGGCAAAGGGAAGUUGAAGGCAGUGUUUAGCGGUGGUGACGGAGAGACGCCCGGGAAAGCCGUCCCUUUCGAGAACACACCUCAAGUUUUCGUGCCUGGGGGUGGGCUUGAGCAUGGCGGGACGGUCGUGUCCAGAAUAGUUGGGUGA